AUGGGACACGGCUCGGCAGACCAUUCCAGAGAUCCCUGCCCUUGGGUAAUUUUGAACGAUUUGGGUGGUGCGUUUGUCAUGGGUGCCGUUGGUGGUGGUAUCUGGCAUUCCGUCAAAGGUGCCAAGAAUUCACCAAGGGGUGAACGUAUGGUGGGUGCUGUCUCUGCCAUGAAGGCUCGUGCUCCAGUACUCGGUGGCAACUUUGCUGUGUGGGGUGGUCUCUUUUCAACAUUUGAUUGUGGCCUUAAGGGUAUUCGACAAAAGGAAGAUCCUUGGAACUCUAUCAUCUCGGGUGCUUUGACGGGUGGUGUCCUUGCUGCUCGAGGAGGUGCUAAGGCAGCUACUGUAUCCGCUGUUGUUGGUGGUGGUCUCUUAGCUUUGAUUGAAGGUGUUGGUAUCGCUAUCUCUCGCUGGACUGCCGAGCAGAACAAGCCUGUCAUGCCUCAGUUGUAA